AUGCCUCUCAAAUCCGCAGGAGAAGACGACCUCGUCCCGCCGGAGAAUACGAACUAUCCUGCCGGAGAAGACGACCUCGUCCCGCCGGAGAAUACGAGUUGUCCCGCCGGAGAAGACGAGCUGUCCCGCAGGAGAAGACGACCUCGCCCCGCUGAGAAGACGAGCUUCCCGCCGGAGAAGACGACCUCGUCCCGCCUGCCAACCUCCGUCGACCUCCGUCACCUUGGAUCUAGAAAGUUAGAAUCGUCCAGCCUGCAAACUCUACGUGUGUUGAUCGACUCAAAGAUGAGGGAGUUUAGCUUUAUUAUUUGA